AUGCAUAGCGAAUCGUCCACAUCCCUGCCAGCAAGGCCGUCGGCAACGCAUCUUCGGCCACUGCACACCAAACAAACAGGAGUACAUGACGGUACUCCGUCGACACUGUUGACUUGGUCAAGCUCUCUCGGCUUUCCAAUCUACGAGCCUGUGGCUCUACAGGCAUUCGUGGAACUCGUUUCUUACAUCUCUGUCGAACGAGGCGAGGCCUUGUGCAUCCAAGACACGACGCACGGUGGCUUUAUCGAGGCACGGAUGGAUGGAACCGAGCUGGCUGCCGGCAACUGGUCCAUUGUUCAUUAUAAUGGAAACUGUGAUAACGAUCUGCCUACAGACUUUUCCAUCGGACCAGGAAAGGCCAUACAACUGCAUAUCACCUCUGAUGGAAAGGUGCAGAUAGCUGCACAUUCUCAUAUCAUCCCGCAACCCGCUCUGCUGUCACUGGGCCAAACGCUGCAAGAUAUUCUUAUGCGACGGCACGGCACUGAAAAUAUUGAGGAUAGCGACCACCGUAACGAGAAUGAAAACAACAAGACGGGCCCUAUGAACACGCCUUGGACGCAACCAUCUUUAUUGAAUUGGCCUCCAAGACAAUGUCCUGUUGAACUGUGGCCCGGAGAGAGCGCACUAAAGCUACAGUACGGAAGCACUGCCCGUAAUGCGAAGCCGGUGCUGUUGCAUUCGUGGUUCGAGCGGAUGGCACGGGACAUCCCACAUCGAAUUGCCAUUGACUUUUUGACCGACCUGGAGUCUGGCACACGCUUGCAAUUCACAUACCAGCAGGUCUCCAACUGUGCCAACGCGCUAGCAUCAGAGCUCAUUCGUUUGGCAGCAGCCAGCGGGGACCACCGUGAAGUCCAGAUUAUUGCCGUGGCCGUAGGGCCAUGUCCAGAGCUGUACGUUGGUUACCUCGCCGCUCUCAAGGCCGGUCUCGCAUUCUGCCCGCUUCCAGUGGAUGCACCAAAGGAAAGGCAGGAGGCACUCUUGGCUGAUUUGAAGCCAGUGGCCAUUCUUAUACGGGACAAAAUGCCCAUCGAUACAGCUCUGGUACAGGUCAAUGUGAGCGACUUUUUGUCUGGUUGUGAUGAGAAAACAGUCCCCCAACGCUCUCUGCUAGAUAGACCCUCGGCAUCCGAUACUAGUGCUGCCUACAUCAUAUACACGUCUGGUACGACAGGGCUCCCCAAAGGUGUCGUUGUUAGUCACCGAUCAGCCGCUUGUACAGUGAGUGCCCUCAGUCAGCAUUACGGCUUCUCUCCCUCGGCAAAAAUUACAGAAGACGGCAGAACGUGGCGCUGGUUCCAAGGUGCCGCGCCCACCUUUGAUAUCUCGCUCUUCGAGAUUUUCUGGACACUAAGCACUGGAUCGACGCUGUGUUGUGCUCCGCGACAUCUGACCAUGCAGAACAUCGAUGCCGUUCUGUCAACUUUACAAGCCAAUAUCACCAAUGUUACGCCGAGCUUUGCCAGUCUCAUUAGCCCCUCUGUUUUGACUGGGCUCAUGGUCGGUGGCGAGACUCUCAACGCACGCCUUCUACAAAACUAUGCGCAGCACAACCCCGACAUACCCCCUUCCGAGCACGAGGUCAGAAAGACUUGCGACCUCCCCAGAGGUAUCUUCAAUGGAUAUGGACCAACAGAAGUAGCCAUGUACUCACUGGCCCAGCCGCACGUUCCGGCAGACCAACGUGGAUCUGUCAUUGGCUCACCGCUGGCAACGUGUGGCAUACUGAUUGUUGAAGCAAAUCGUCAUGACCUCAUUCCUAUACCCCGGGGCGGUGUAGGUGAACUAGUUCUCACUGGCCCGCAAGUCAGUAUGGCAGGAUACCUGAAUCGCCCCGACGAAACUCGUGCGGCCUUUGUGGACGACCAAAAAUGGGGCCGAGCGUACCGCACUGGCGACCGUGCUCGCAUAGUCUGGAACGAUGUAGGCGAGCCUGUCGUGGAAUUUCUUGGCCGCUUCUCGGAUGCGCAGGUGAAACUCAGCGGACGCCGUGUGGAACUGGGCGAGAUCGAGAGCGUCCUGGCAAGCAAGGCGGACGGUGUCCAGCAAACGCUUUCUUGUGUCUGGAUGCCGCAGGGAGAAAGUAGCACAAACGAAUCCUUGGGCUCCGAAAGGGUAGUGAAUCUGGUCGUGGUGGACCAUACAACUGGCCUUGAUUUUGCCAUUGUUAGUGCCAAUUGCGCCGAGGCUGCAAGGCAGCAUUUGCCGGACUACAUGAGACCAUUUCGCAUCCUUGAGGUCGCUGACCUGCCUCGCUCCGCAUCAGGGAAAGUAGAUCGCAGAGCUGCUUCCGCCUACGUGGAAAUUGCUUUACGGCAGCCGACCGCAACUGGUACAGGCGCAUCUCAGGGGCAGACCGCUGUCGACGACUUGGACUACCCCAAGUAUGCUCAUGUGGAAGCUGAGCUAGUCAAGAUUCUCUCAUCCCUAAUCGGUGGGGACGAAUACCAUCCUCUGUUAACUGCCACGACAAAGCUUGCUUUGGUUGGCAUUGAUAGCCUCCGGGCCAUGCGGCUAUUGCGCGAGAUCCGGAACCGCAACUUUGGACAAGAUGACUCAGAAAGAUCAAUCCACUUUGAACUGCAACCAUCACUGUCUCUGCUUCUUGACCCAGAGGCCAGUAUCCGUUCGGUAUUUUUUGGGUCCGCUUCAAUUUCUUCUCGCUUACGCCAAAGGCAAAUGGCAGCGCAGCAGAGAUUGGAGAUGUUUGCUAUUCGACAUACAGCUGCGUCUUUGGAGAAACUGAGUUCAAUGUCAGAGGACAACGUGGAAAUGGUGCUGCCAAUGACAAGUACAGCCAGCCAAUUGGCUGUGAGCUUUGCCAUGGACAGUCGAAACUAUAUUAGCAGCACCGUCCUCCGACUGCAACCGGGUGUGUCAAUGGACUCUUUCGAGGUCGCUGUUCGCACCGUCCUGAGUCGGCAUGAUGUCUACCGCAGUAUUAUCGUGCCAUGCAGUGACGACAUGUCACCAUUUGCACAAGUCGUGCUGACUCCCUUGGCAUGGAAGAGAUCGGAAGGCCACCGUACCCGGGUUGUGCGCAGGCGUGGCACUGGAAAUACACAAUACUGGCUUCGGAUCGCCCAAGAGAAUAUGGAUUUUGACGCACAGAAGCUGUAUUAUGUGCAGCUGGUUGAACCCGACGCAGGCAAAAUCGACAGGGGGCUUGUCAUCAUCUCCAUUGCUCACUGCCUCUGUGACGGUGCAUCCGUUAAGGUUCUGCUCAGCGACAUUGCACGAGAGUACGCCGGACUCGAACCCCUGCAGCGACACUCUUUGCGGGAUUCGGUGCUCGACUGGGCCCAGAAUCUAGACAUAGACACGGACCGCUACUGGCAAGACUCUUUGCGAGACUGGGAGACCGAUAGCUUCCAUGCCCUGAGUGGCGACAAUGUCAAGGCAACGGUAGAUCAGCAGUCGCUGCUAGCUGAGUACCCAAGCAGCAUUUCAUGGCCUGCUCUAGAAGUUAAGAGCCGCAACUUGGGUGCCUCGCCGCUGGCCAUCUUGCAAGCAGCCUGGUCACUGCUGCUCGGGGUCUGGUCAGAGGCGAACAAAGGAGAAAUUGUUUUUGGGAGUGUCUUGUCAGGUCAACACGAAGCAUUCGAAGCGCCCACAUUCUCCGUUGUACCAUGCCGUGUUGCACUGCCAGAGAACCAAACACUGGGAGCGUUACUGGUCAGCCUUGUUGACACUGCAAGGUUUAUGCAAAGCCAUCGCCACAUGUCCUUUGGACUGUUUCGAGCGCUGCCUUAUAAUACGGCUCUAGCACUUCAGGCCUACGGAACCGAGACUGAGGCAGAUGUUCCCUGGACGGUGGUUACGCACGCGCCUAUCCGCUAUGACUUGGAUGUGUUUGCAGAGGUAGUACCUGAGGGUGAUGCACUUCUGUUCAAGGUCACAUACCAUGACAAUGUUUUGUCUGAGACGAGCGCCCGGGUCAUUGUGCACCAGUUCGCUGCACUCACAGAAACGCUACUGGACGCCGGGCCAAAUGACCUGGCACAGAGUUUAUUGGCACGACUCCCACACAGACUUCUGUCAGUGGAAGGCUCGAUUCCAAUUCCAACAGAUCACAGCGAGAACCAAGAGCGCAUCGACGUCCUCCACGCCCAAUUCGAGUCCCAGGCCGCCAGCACACCAGAUCUGUUGGCGCUGAGUUUCUACACGUCACUGGACGCUCCACCAAUCAAUAUGACAUACGCAGAACUCGAUUCCCGUGCCAACGGCUUGGCCAAUAUUAUCCGGCUCGAAGAUGCCGAUAUCAUCCCCAUCUGUAUGCAUCGCAGCAUCGAGCUAUAUGUGUCGAUCCUGGCCAUCCUUAAAGCUGGGUCCGCAUGGUCGCCUAUUGACGAGACAUCGCCAGUUCAAAGACGCACAUCGCUCAUUUCUCGGACAAAAGGCAAGGUACUGUUGACCACGAGGAGCUCUUUCCCCCUAGUGGAGCCAUGUCUCUCCCACGAGAGUCUGGCCGACGUGCGUGUCAUCUUCGUCGAUGAUUACGCCGGUCAUGCGGCAAAAGACAGGCCGAUGCCACGGAAGUCUGUUGCCUCUCGCUCUAGGCAUUCGUCGUUUAGCUCAAUUACCGGGCAAGACCUGGCAUACCUUCUGUGGACGUCGGGUACCACAGGUGAGCCCAAGGGUGUCAUGAUUCAACACCGUGCGGCCGCUAACGCCAUGCGUGAUUUGCAAGUGCGUGUUGAGCAUGAUGUUGCAGGUGGCCCGAUUCGAACGCUCCAGCUGUCGGCCUACAGCUUCGACGUGUUUGUACAGGACCUCUUCUACACGUGGGGAUUGGCCGGCAGCGUCAUCAGUGGUACUCGGGAGCUUGUCUUGGGCACGUUCUCUGAGUUUGUCAAGACUGCGGCUCCCACACAUGCACAUCUAACGCCGUCAUUUGGUGCUAGCAUUGAUGUCCGUGACCUGGCAGGAUCUACACUUCGCGUUGUCACAUUUAUUGGAGAGAAGUUGACAGAGGACGUUGCCGACGCGUGGGCUGCUCCAGAAAUCACCACAAAGGCAUACAACACCUAUGGGCCAGCGGAAAAUGCCGUCGUAUCAACUAUGCGCCAGUUUUCUGGCAAGAGCCGCGACCGCGCCAAGGCUUCCAAUGUUGGGUUCCCGUUAACGCCUUGCACGGCAUAUGUGGUGCGUGAAGUGUUCACCUCGCCAAACGAUGAAAGAUCCAAUACCGCCAAGAAAUGGGAGCUUGUGCCCCGGUACGGCGUUGGCGAGCUGGCUCUUGGUGGUGUGCAGCUCGGAAUGGGCUAUUUAAACGAUGAGACAAAGACGGCCAAGUCGUUUAUCCACGGUGGUCCGCAAAUCGGCGAACGCAUUUACUUAACAGGCGACAUGGUGCGGCUCAACGACCACGGCUUCGAGUUUCUCGGUCGCAACGACGAUCUGAUUAAGAUAAGUGGCAUUCGCAUCGAGCUCAGUGAGAUCAGUGCGGCCUGUGCCCUUGUCAAGGAGGAAGAACCUGCCGUAGAACAUGUCGAGACGCUAUAUCUGCCACGGCCCAACGGUGACGCUAGCCACAAAGUCAUUGUUAGUUUUGUGUCAGUCAAAGAGACAUUGGACUACUCUCUUGACACCACCCGCAUCCGCCGCAGGGUUUUUAAAAAGGCACGCGAAGUUUUACCAGCCCACAUGGUCCCUGGCCAUGUUGCCGUCCUGGACUCAACGAUGCCGCGUACGGCGUCCAACAAAGUCGAUCGCAGGGAACUGCAAUCCAUUUACAGCAACUCUGAUUUGAAUGGUCUUGCGGGAGUGUCUGCAGAGAUCAAAGAUGGCGCACUUUGGCGCAAGGAGCAACUGCCCAUUGUGGAGGCUGUCAUGGAUAAUUUGGCUGUACCUAAGCAACCGUUGCAGACACUGAACCCAGAUGACAGUCUCGCUGGUCACGGAGUCAGUUCUCUACAGAUCACAAAACUAGCCUGGGCGCUGCGACGGAGCUUGAAGUGUGACAUACGCGUGCUCGAACUCAUGCGUUGCCAGACCAUGGGCGAGCUUGUUGACGUGGUGCUAGUGUCCAUGACAAAUGGCGAAGUCGGUGAAAUGGCCAACACUGAGACCACAAAUGUUGGUACAUGUACCACCUGGUUUUCUGUGUUAAGAGACGAGCUCACUCAGAACCUGUAUGGCACCCUCAGACCCUCAAAUACUUCGUACAUUUUGCCCACAACUCCCGUCCAAGAAGCUCUUCUUGUCGAGACAAUGAUUGAGCCCGGGGCUUAUUGGUCGCAUCGUCUUUUCACACUCAAGCGCCUUGGUCUUGCGGAUAUGAGCCAUCUCCGUGCCGCAUGGGAGGCGGCAACCAAGCGCUUCGACAUCCUUCGGACCGCUUUUGUUCCUUUAUCUCAGUUGUCUCCAAAAGACACAGAUAGUAUCAGCGCAGCCGAGUGGGCCCGGACACGUGGCGUCCAUGCCACCGUGCUUCAGGUUGUACUCCACGACACUGAAGUUGACUGGACUGAAAUCAGUGACACGGUCGACGUUGAAGGCUGUUUGGCAUCACAUGCACGCGAAAUACAGACCCGUCUCUCGCCACUCUGUGGUGAUUGCGCGCGGCCGCCAUGGGCACUUGUCUAUGCCCCAGCCACCAUGACGCUCAUGUUAAGUAUGCACCACUCACUCUACGAUGGUGAGUCUUCGAAGAUGCUCCUGGAUGUUGUAACACAGUUGUACCGGGACCCGUCAGCGGAUACGGGCCGUUCCGGACUUCCCCUUUUGCAGAUGUCACGUGGUCUAGAAGUGGGGCUCGUGCCGUCCGUCAUGCAGCGACAGGACGCGUCCGCUGCUUGGGCUGAGCACCUCAGCGGCCUUAUCGAGACGGACGGUGCCGUAAACGCCCCAUUUCCUGAUCUGACAGGCUCACGCCAACUUCCACUACAUGCAAUCUUGUCAGCGAAGACUGUCAUCCCCUUCAACCUUUUAUCUCCUGCGUCCCCUGCGCCAGACGUCGGCACACCAGACUUGUCGCGCCUUCUGCUGUCGGCGUUUGGCUGUGUUCUAGCGGCCAUUCUGGAGCUCAAGACCGUCGUUCUUGGGCAAACCGUGUCUCAGCGUAUUCUACAUACCGACCUUCAGCAUGUUGUAGGCCCCGCCAUUGCGACCAUCCCGGUGGCCAUCCGAUCAUGUGCGGCUAGCGCACUGGCCCUCUGGGCUGAGAUGGCCCGCGAUGCUUCCUCCCUCGGUGCACUUGCACAUCACUUGCACCCAGUCGAUAUCAAAAAGAUGGUCAAUAAGGGCAGUGAGAACGCAUCUGAGCCAUUCCCGGCACUUUUCGUCUACCACCCUGCAGCAGGAUAUGCCGACAAGGACAAUAAUAGCGUCGAACAUCUGUUCUAUGAAGUCGGCGUGGCACUCCCCCUAAAGGUCGAGCAUCCCUUAGCUCUCAAUAUCUUUGAAGGCGAUGGUACCAUUGAGUUGACGGGCGAUGCUCGCCGAAUCUCACAAUCCAUGCUGGAUCUUCUCCUAGUCCAAAUUGUCGACCAAGCCAGCGCAAUGCUGGCCCAUCCUGGGAUACCGCUGUCACGGCUCGCCAACCACCUGGACCGCGCCCUGGUGUCGAUUGUGGGUGAGCCACGUACACUUGUGGGCUCUGUAAUCGCACGGAACCCGGCCGAACUUGUCACCAAACAGGCAACAGACCACCCAGACUGGGUAGCUAUUGAGGAGAUCUUCCUUGGCGAAGAUGAUUCACUUUCCACUGCGGCCACCACAUUCGGCGAAUUGGAGAUUCUUGUCAACGCUAUCAGUUCUCGCCUCAUAGCGCUUACUAGUGCUGCAGCUGGGGAUGUCGUGGCCGUGUAUCUUGAGCGCGACACCACAUCUCUUGCAGCGAUUUUGGCUAUUUUCAAGCUCAACUAUGUCUACUUACCCAUUGAUGGCGACCUCCCACUUGAACGCAAACGGCUUUUGAUACGCGAUGCAAAUGCCAAAGUCGUUGUCACUACAGAGACGUUGGUGAGGGAUCUGGAACUGGACAACGAGCAGAACAAAGUACCUGCGGUGUUUCUUCUUCCAGAGGGCAACAGUGGCCUGGCCACCAUUCAGUCAUGGGCCAGUCAUUCACAAGAAACUGAUGCAAUCCCCACCACCACGUCAGACGAUGGCGGCUACCUUUUGUACACGUCUGGCUCCACGGGUCAGCCGAAGGGGGUGCGGGUCGCCAAUGAGAGCCUUUUGCAUUUCGUUGCCGCCAUGACACAACGCCUCACUGAAGCCAACUCCGAGAUGGCACGCCUCGGCGGCAGAGGCAAAUUCCUCAAUGUGGCCUCCCGUGCGUUUGAUACACAUCUGACUACCAUGUUCGCGCCCUGGCACCUUGGCUUCAGCUCCGUCAUCGGAAAGGACCGCAACGGUAUUUUUGCCAACUUGCAACACGUCAUAAACACUGUCGGCAUCACGAACAUGGGCACCGUACCGUCAGUUCUGCUGCGACUUGGCCUGCAAUUGUCGGAUGUGCCGUCGAUUCGUGUGAUGACCUUUGGCGGCGAAAAGGCAUCGCAUGCCCUCUUCGACCAAUUGCGUGGCGGUGAUGACAGCGGAGACGGGUCAAACGCUGCCUUGAUGAACUUUUACGGCCCAACCGAGGCAACUGUGGGUUGCUUGAGCCAUGUCAUCGGACACCAUUCCAACGCACGCAACCUCGGCCUUCCGCUACCAGGCCUAGAGGCACUUCUCCUUGUAUCCAACAAUGACAGCGACGAGCAGGUUGUAGCUCGAAGGGGCCAGCCUGGAGAAUUCUGUAUUUCCGGACCACAGGUUGCUGUGGGUUAUCUGAAUCGCCCCGACGAAAAUGCCCGCAGCUUCCAAGAUACCUCCCUGUUGGAUAUCAAUGGCACAAAAAAGCGUAUUUACCGUACGGGUGACAUCAUGCGCAUGAUGCACGAUAGCACCGUUGAGUUCCUUGGUCGUCGUGAUCAGCAAACAAAGAUCCGCGGCCAGCGCUUUGAGAUUGGCGAGGUUGAGGAACACAUCAAAAAGGCCAUCGCUGACCAAGGCCCUUUUGAUGUUACAGCCGCCGUGGUGGACCAACGGCUCAUCGGCCUCGUGGCACGAAAAAUUGAUUCUCUCUUCAAAGCAGAGCGCGACGCUCCGGCCGAGAUUCUCUCCCCCCCACCGAGCCAGGCACACCGAGACGUACUGAUCGCCGCCGAGAAGGCUUGCCAGAGGGCCCUUCCUGCGUAUAUGGUGCCGGAAAUGAUGUGGCUGUCCAAAAUACCUUUCCUUGCGGCCUCGGGAAAGCUUGACACAAAACACAUUGAGAAUCUGGUGCGAAAUUCCGAUACCGUUCUGGACAGCGGAAUUCAAUGCCCAAGGAUUUCAACUGCCGCCGAUUGUCCGUCUGGUACCCUUUCAGGACCGGAAAAAGAAGUUCUCUCUGCCCUUACAGAAGUAUUAGAUGGACUAAACAACACCUGUGUGUCUUCAUCCAGCAACCUUCGCAGCCUCGGAAUCGACAGUUUGUCGGGUGUGCAUCUGCUGUCGGUACUCAAGCGCCGUGGCUUUGUGAAUGUCAUGCUCACUGAUAUUAUCUCUCCAUCGCAAUCCCUUCACUCACUUUCUCGGAAAUUCAACUCUCCCGCAACAUCCAACGGCAGCAGAGAAACCCAACCGUCGUCGUCUGAGCGGGCCUUCUCAUCCAGCGCUAGUGGCAGUUUGCAUGUCGAGGAACUGACUCUUGAUGAUCUUGGUCCGAGUGCCAGCCACAUUGUUCCGUCCAACAUUGCCGCAAUUCUCCCAUGCCUACCUCUACAAUCAGUACUGAUAUCUCUGUCUCUGAAUUGGCUGUACAGUGGACAUGCCAGCCAGGUUAUAACUGAUGGAAGACAAGUCCCUUACGUGACCCGGUUUAACUACCAGCUGGCACCUGGAACUAACAUUACGGCAUGGAAGCAGGCAGCUGGAGAGAUUGCUUCAUCAGAAGCCAUUCUCCGCACCUGUUUUGUUCAACGUGACCGAGACGGAAAAUACUUUCAGGUUGUGUUGACCUCCACACCUUCUCCAUUUGAUAUAGAAGGCAGCCAAAUCGAAAAUGACGAAUGCACUACCUUGGUCGAGCACUUGGGAUCCCGGCCUCCCUUUCGCCUCCGUGUUGAAGAGAGUGGCCUUGUGACGCUACUGAUUCAUCACGCCCUGUAUGAUGGAGCCGCCAUUGUCGCCCUCAAGAACAAGAUUGAACAGGCUUAUCAUGCCAUCACCAGUGGCAUUCCAGUAACUGCCAGUCGGGACGACAGCUUGACAGCUCUCAGAUACCUCGCCAGCCACCUCGACCUCCCUAGCCACCACAUGCAUUCGGCUAGAGUCACCUGGCAGGCCAAACUAGCUGGCAUCUCGCCCUGCCGAGUUGAAUGUCACUCGCUUGUGUCCAAUCAGUCUUCUAAACAUGACACUGCUCGCGCGACUCGGCUCCUCAGCUUCACAGUGUCCGAGCUGAAGACAAAACUGCAGUCUGUCUCUCUUCCAUCAGCAUUCCAGCUGGCCACUGUCCUUGUUCUGGCUAGCUUAACGCCCGGCUCUUCUUCUAUUGUCUACGGCUACACUACAUCUUUCCGCACACUGCUUCCCCAAGUUGCUGAAGACAUGGACAGCCUUGUGGGACCUUGUAUCAAUACGGUGGUGCAUGCUUUGUUGAUAACGGACCCUGGAGAGACACUGCGGCACCUUGCGGCUCGUGUUGAGCAGAACCAUGCAGACGUCAGUCAAGGAGAUAUGCCAUUUAUCACCGCAGACCAAAUCCAGCGAUGGGCCGGCGUCGACGAGAAGCUUUUUGAUAGCCUCCUAACUGUCAAUUUUAUUGACGACACCUCCGACGAUGCCUCCGCGCCAGCGAUCAUGCGUGCUCUUCCAGCAAACGCAAUGACAGAUAUGGCCUUGGCCAUCGACGUUGAGAUCCACUCGGAGGGGCGAAUCGAAUUACUAUUAGCGUCCGGAGGAGUCUUGGAUAAGACACAGCUUGACCAUGCAGGUCGUCUAUUCGAGAUUGUGGUGGAGAAUGCCGCCAGAAAUGACGCCACUGUUGACCAAUUUGUGCCAGUCAAUGCAGGAUCAGCCACUGAGAAUAACGAUUCACAAAUUACCAAUCCCAAAACCAUUUCGAUCGCCGCCUCUGUUCAAAAUGGAACUCAGUACACCCAGUCGUCUCUUGGCUCCGUCCGUUCUGUUGCUUGUCGACUACUUCACCUGUCCGAAGAAGACGUCCCGUUGGAGGCCUCUCUAUAUCGACUCGGCCUCGAUUCCAUCAACGUGCUACCUUUUGUCAAGAUGUUGAACAAGUUGGAGGGAACUAAGAUCACUCCCAAUGCCGUUUUGAGCUCACGCACCUUACAAGGCGUUGCUUCUCUUGUUUGCGCUACCAGGAACCAAGGCGCAAGUCUAAAAUCCGAGGACAAUGACGUCGUUCCCGUUGUCGAUAUGGGUCCUGACUUUGAAGAUACUUUGCACGAAGUGGCCCGCGAUCUCCUCUUUGUUGCUACACCGCUCCAGGAAGGCAUGCUUAGCGCGUCACUCGCUCUUGCCGAUCAAGCUUACACAUACACGCACAGCAAGCAGAUAUCUGCGUCUGCGUGUCAACUGGACGCACCGGCGUUUUCACAUUUUUUCGAUGCUGUACGAGACACAGUGCUCUCUUGUGAGAUUCUCCGUACCCGGUUUAUAUUGACAGACAACCAAAAUACGCCAUGGGUCGGCAUCGUCUCGUCGACCCAAGUGAGUGAUCUUGUGGAUUGGCAGGUCUCAGCUUCCGGUAUCAUCCGACUGCACAUCCAUCACGCACUCUACGAUGCCAACUCCAUCCGCGCUCUAUGGCGUCUUCUUAGUGAGAAUUAUGCACACCACUUAUCGGGCACCAUUGCAAAAGCCGAGAAACAGCGGCCGUUCCUCUACCGCCCCUUUGCAAAGCAAGUCUACGUGGCCCAACGGACCGCAGUUGCAUUUUGGGUAAACACUGUUCAGGAUUACAACUAUGUUCCGGUGGUGGUGUCCAGUGAUGGCGUGACUUUUACACAACAGCGACAUGCAUCGUCGUCCUUUCAUUUUAUUGUGGGCACUGACAUUCUAUCUGCCCUCCAAACGACCUGCCGCAAAGCCAACGUAGCUCUCAAGACAGCACUACAGCUUUCAUGGGCCAAGGUUCUUUGUGAGCGACUCUACAGCCACGUCGAUAUGGUCUUUGGGGAGGUGAUCACGACAACCAGCGACGAUGUAACUAUCACCGGAGAUGAGGCUGUAGUCAUGGGUCCAACUAUCAACACAAUUCCCAUGCGUCUUCGGCUUGGCCCUAACGUGAAUAUCGCAGACGCGCUGUCACAGUUGCAACGCCUUGGCGACCAGGCUCGUGGACCGAAUGGCAUGGCGUCUCUACGUGAAGUGCAGACAGCCUGGCGAUCGUCGAGAUCUGAUGGGAUCGAUACGUCUGCCGGUCUGUUCCAGAGUUUAUUUGUGUUUGAUGGCGAUGUCUCCGUGGACACAUCAUCAGCCACUGCCGACGAACAAUAUAUUCUACCUGUUGGCACCGAUGCGCAGACUGUCCCUAGUAAUACUGAAAAGGAGCCAAUGUACGACGACUACCCCUUCAUUUCAAGCUUCCGAAUUCAUGACGGCGUUCUCCAUGGUGCGUUGCGUACUAAGGUUAGCGAAGAUGCCACGCAGCGCCUUGGCAGCCAGUUAGCAGCCGCACUUCACUACUUGGCAUCGGCCAGCUUACAUUCCGUGGCCCUGGAUCCUGAUAUCUCUACGAGUUUCCCAACCAUGGUGAAUGGACAUGGAUGCAGUGGGAGCCAGAGACAUGGUUCGGACGUGAACGUGGACAUAAAAGGGUCAACUGAACUUGCAGAGUCGGUUUUGCAGCUGGCAAUGAAGGUUGUCGGCUCACGCAUCCGCGGCAAGGUUGGAUAUGCCACCAAGCUCAUCAAUGUCGGACUGGACUCGAUCUCGGCCAUCCGCUUCUCAAAUAUGCUCAAGAAAAACUUUAACGUCCACGUCAGCGUAUUUGAUAUCAUGAAAGGCGCCAGUAUCGAGAGUAUCGUCCGAGAGCACUCGGCUAUCGAAAAUUACACCGAGGAUGAAAGUCAGCAGCUUCCGUCACCACUGCCAGAGAGACAAGUAAUCAAAGACGAACCGCUCGCAAAGUCAUUGGCUGCAGAAAUCCUUGGCCUUCAGUCCGUCGAUCAAAUCCAGUCUGUGCUUCCUGUUCUUGCCGGCCAAAAGCACACACUCCAGCACUGGUUGCACAGUGGCAAGCGGUUUUUCGAGGCGCCUUGGGUGUACCGCGUCUCUGAUGGCAAGUCCAUCAGCGUGGAAAAAGCUGCGAAUGCUUGGACGUCACUUUGCUGCGCGCAUGAUAUUUUGCGAACCACGAUUGUUGCCCCUCAGAACAGCAUUGUCCCUGGUCUGGUCCAGGUGACGUUCAACACAACCAUGUCUCCAGCAGCUCGCUUCACCACUCUGCGUGACGACAAGGUCACAAUUAAGAGUCUAGUUGAGACGUACGUGCGCGAGACCAACAAUUUGCCGUCCGAUCUCCGUUCUCCUCCAUCCCGUCUGUCCUUUCUCGAAGCAGCAGAUGGCCAGGCCAUAGUUUUCCGUAUGCACCACUCUCUUUACGAUGCAUGGAGCAUCAAGAUGAUACUGGGUGAUCUUCUCCGUCUGUUUGAUGGAGUCCCAUCUCUAUCAACGCAGCCGUCGCUUCGGUUUGCUAUGCAUGAAAUAUUUCGUUUCCGCAGUUUCACUGCAGAGCAGGCAUACUGGAAACGCUAUCUUUCUGGUUCUCAGGACACCAUCAUCCGGCCAACUGCAUUGUCGUCGACCACCGUCUCCACAGCUCCUCUGGGCUUCCAUUUCAGGGCCAGCUACCCAGACGUUGCUUCUACGAGCGCCACCGCAAACAGAAUGCAAACGUCCUCAGCGAUCAUUGCGUCCUAUGCGUGUGCCCUGGGCCAAAUUACUGAUCGCGUUCGGCCUACAUUCGGCGUGAACUACUCUGCCCGUUCACUCUCAUCACCUGAUGGCGCUCAAACUUUAGAGCUCACCGAUAAGACCAUACCCACAAUGGCAGUGGUCCCCGUAAGCAUCGAUUUGAAAGGAGACCUGCAGCCACUCCGAGCAGUUCAAGACCAUCUAGCCGCGUUAACCAAGUUUGCGCAGGCGGACGACCUCCACAUGUUGGCUGCUCCAUACAACACACACAUCAACAUUCUCUUUUCUGGCGCUGACAAGGACACUUCAACAAAUGGCAAUGCCCAGGGAUGCAACCAAGGUCUCCAGCGAUAUCAUCUUGGUGAGCCCCUUGCAUCGGAAUAUUUCACGACGACUGUGGCACACAGUGAUAUACAAUCUACGGUGGAAAGCGUUGAUACAUCGUGGCUUGCACCAGAAAAUAUCUACCUUAAUGUCGUUGUUCGCAGUGGGAGCAUUAGUGUUGAUGUCAGUUGUGACGAGGACCUCGCGAGAGGUGAUGGCAAUUUGAUUGUUAGCAUAGUCGACGCGUUUGCUGCUACAUUGUCUGACAUGAUUGCACAGACUUAG